CACCCAUCAUGGAGGAGCAUGGUCUGUGUUCCACUGAAGUGCCAGCUGGGAACAACACCAGCUCCAGAGAAACAAAUCUGUCUGCUCAGGAGAGCCACAUCACCAGUUCUGAAGUUCUUGAAGCAAUAGAAAAUGUUAUUCAAGGUGUAGUUCAAAGCCUGGCCCAAAAAAAAGCACCUGUGCUCACGCUGGCUAACAGAACUGAUUGGAGGAACAUAGAAUUUAAAGAUUCUGUAGGUCUGCAGAUGAUACCACGAAGUACUAUAAAACAAAUAAGAAGUGACUGCCCUCAAUCAGCAAAAAGAUUUGCAUUGGUGCUCAAAAUAUUAUCUAUGAUCUAUAAGAUGGUGCAGAGCAACACUUAUGCAACUAAAAGAGAUAUAUAUUACUCAGAUACUCUACUAUUUGGCAGCCAAAGUAUAGUGGACCAAAUAAUCAAUGACAUUUCUUGCAUGCUUAAGAUACCUCGGAGAAGUCUACAUAUACUGUCCACAACUAAAGGUUUUGUUGCUGGUAAUUUAAGUUACACUGAGGAGGAUGGUACAAAAGUGAAUUGUACCUGCAGUACAACAGCAGUUGCUGUGCCAUCUAAUGUUCAAGGAAUUAAAAAUUUAAAUUCACAUGCCAAAUUCAUGUUAAUUGUAGAAAAAGACGCAACCUUUCAGAGACUCCUGGAUGAUGACUUCUUCAGUAAAGUGUCCCCAUGUAUCAUGAUCACGGGAAGAGGCAUACCAGAUCUUAAUACACGACUUUUGGUCAGGAAGCUGUGGGAUUCUUUUAAAAUUCCUAUUUUCACCCUUAUGGAUGCAGAUCCACAUGGUGUAGAAAUAAUGUGCGUCUACAAAUAUGGAUCUGUGUCCAUGUCUUUUGAGGCCCACCACCUCACUGUUCCCUCUAUCAAGUGGCUUGGUCUCCUCCCAUCUGAUCUCAAGAGAUUAAACAUAUGCAAAGAUGCCCUGAUUCCAUUUACAAAGCAAGAUGAAAAUAAGUUAGCAAGUAUUCAAAAGAGACCUUACAUUGCUUGUCAGCCACUGUGGAAAAAGGAGCUGGAAAUUCUGGCAGCAACUAAACUGAAAGCUGAAAUUCAAGUUCUAACUUCUCUCUCAUCAGAUUACCUGUCCAGAGUCUACUUACCAAACAAACUGCAGUUUGGUGGAUGGCUAUGAAUGCUGCUCUGCAAAUUAAAUGUUUUUUCUAUAUAUUUAUUUAUUUAUUUWGACUGCUCUUGAGAGAAAAAAAGGUGCAGAGACAGAGAAGUAUCUGUCAGUUUGUUGUUCUGUUUCUUUAUCACUGCAUCUAGACURUAAUUUUCUCUUUUUCUUCGUUCAAACCAUAAGUGAAAUUAUGAUUUUUGCAGAAUAUUGCUAUUUCCAUUCUGUGGUUUCUGCCGUGAAACGGUGCCAAAUGCAAUGGUACACACAGAAAAGAUAAUGAAAUAUGUUCUUUCUGGCCAGAAAAAYGUGAAGUUCAAAAAUGUAUCCAGAAAUUGUUUUGCUUCUGUGUUAAAGCACAGGAUGAUGCUGUACCAAGCUUUUUAUUUUUGAAGGGAGUGAAAUUUAUUGCACAUGCCUCCUUUUGGAUU